AUGGAUAAUCAUAACCUGAGAGCAGCCUUCACAUCCUUGUGUUUUGAAUCUAUGCCAACAGCUGUAUUAGCUGGCCGCUGCAGUAGAACACCUAAGGAACAGCGCUUUUGUAUUUGUGACUCUUCUGUUAUCGAGGAUCUUCCCCAUUAUAUUCUUGAAUGCUCGAUCCUGGCGGCCGGGAAUUCGGACCUUAGGAGGGGGGCCGCCGCUUGGCUGCUGCUAUUCUGUGGGGCCGCCGCUGCGUCGGUGUUGCUGGGCACGGUCUCGGCCGUGCUGGAGCCCGAGGAGGUCGCCGGGGAGAGCCGGGUGAGGGCGUUGAGCGGUUCCAACUGGAGCCUCCUGCUGCAGGGCCAGUGGAUGGUGACAUUCUAUGCCCCUUGGUGUCCCGCCUGCCAACAGAUGGAAUCGACAUGGGAGGCAUUUGCAAGAGAUGGCAGAGACCUUGAAAUCUCUGUGGGCAAGGUGGAUGUCACUCAGGAACCAGGUGUAAGUGGCCGUUUCUUUGUCACUACACUUCCCACUAUUUUCCAUGCAAAGGAUGGAACCUUUUUCAGAUACCGUGGAUCAAGAACACUGGAGGACCUGAAAGACUAUAUCCUGGAGAGAAAGUGGGAGGCUGUUGAACCUGUCCCAGGAUGGAAGUCCCCAUCCUCUAUAAUGAUGCAUGGCAUGGCAGGACUCUUCUAUUUAUCUGGAUGGAUCAGGCAAAUCCACAGCUACUUAACAGGCACUCUUGGAAUCCAUGAAUGGGGCUCUUAUGCAGUCUUCAUACUGGCCACUUUAUUGAUUGGUCUUAUCCUAGGCUUGAUACUGGUUUUGCUUGGGGACUGCGUCUUCCCAUCCAAGGCUAAAGCAGAAGAAUCAGAAUCAGUGGACCAAAGCUAUGACCAAUUAGAAGAGCAACAGGAAACUCCAGAAGACACGGAAGGCGAGCCCGUCACAGAAAAGAGCUUGUCCGACGAAGACAACGAGGAAGAAGGAGAAGACGAGUCUCAGGAGAACUCCUCCGGUGACUCAGCAGUCGAGAGUUCCAUGGUGGAAGAGGACUUGGAGCACCACACUUCAGACCAAAGCUCCCUAAGGCAGCGUAAAAACCAGGAGGUGGCUGACGAACUAUAGUGCAAUCGUUAGGUAAUCACAUUGUUUUGGACCAAAGAAGUAUCAGGAGACUCUCUUUGACUGCAGCUGAAGCCAAACAUUUGACCAGCCAACUGUUAAAAGCUCAGAUCCACGCUUUGCGCCGAUAGGCUAUUGUUGUUGUUUUUUUUGUAGGGCCAGUAUUUUAUAAAAGUCCAUCCUGCAAGAGAAAUGUUCCAGUGUUGACAUGAUCGCCAUGACAAUCAGAUGCAUGACUUUAUUUUAUAGCCGUUGUGGGAUUCAGAGGAGUUGGCAGAAAGUUUUUACCUCCAAGGCAUGCCGCCAGCAAGGAGAAGUAUGCCUUGGGAUAGCUCCUCCCCCUGUCCUACCAUAACACUGUGCACAGUUAGCAGCCCUCCUGCAAUGUAAGGCUUUUCCUCCAAAUGCAGUGCCACUGAAAUUGGAGGAAAGCUUGCCAGGCUGGAGGAAGGGUCCUUGGCUCCACACCACUGUCUAAUAAUGUAAAUUCUCUGUCAGUAUUAUCUGUUGGGUGACUUAAUUGAUCUCUGGUACGUUCUUUGCUGGGACAAGCCAGUUAGAGAACUGGAAGUGUUGGAGUGAAAAUCUGUCACGGUUCCUUGGCAGACUUCAAGCAUUACCAGUCAUUAAGAUGCCACUCUGUGCAGACGCGGCGUCAUGUUUGGAGUGACUUGCCUUAGUAACGUGUGAGGCCACCCAUUGUGCUACUUACAUAGGAUAAGGUGCAAAGUUUUCCUAGAAGCGUGUCGACUUAAAUCCACGUCACCUUCUAAAAUUACACGCAUGCAUUUCUUGCUGUGUUAUUGUGUGGCUCUCUUCCACGUGUGGGGAUAUGGGUUGCCCGAAUGCUUGUCUGUAAGGUGAAUAUCUCACGACUUCAUUUGCUGACUGCACGUGAGGAGUGUUCAGGUUAUUCUGAUGGCUUUGGUCAUGUUAAGAUUUCGAACAUGUAUUCCUGUGUAGCAAAGUGGUGCACCUUUUAUGUCCUGCUGUUGGGCCCUCACAAGGGAUAGCAGGGCAGGUAGGGUCACCAAGCAGAAAAUGCCGCUUUUUAUUUGCAUAUUCCUUAGUUUUAAACAAUGGCUCAUACUUGAAGUGGUUCCUACUUUGCUUAUUCCUAAUGACCAAAAUGCUCAUUCGAUCUCCACAGGAGAGCUGUUGUAACUGUCUGCAGUGUGAUAGUUCAUCAUAGAAUUUUCACUAGUCCAUUCAUGCGCCCCAUGUGAUCCAGUAUAAUAUAGCUAUGCCGGUAUAUCUUAAGCACGGUGAUAGUUCUUGGCACCUUAAAUAAAUGCUGUUUGCAAAUGCAUUGGUGUGAAAUGAAGCUUACAGUGUAUGAAACAUUAGCGCAGAAAGCGAUUCCAAUAUUUCCAUUUAUUUAGUGAUAGCGUCAUUAGACAGAGAGGAGGGCAGCGAAUCCAGAGUUGUAAAUUAAUGGCAGAUCAUUGUCAAGACAGUAUUCAUCUCUUGUAGUGGGAGUUGGUUCCACUGUGUAAGUGAUCGGCUUUAAAAACCCAUCUCUUUAGUGUUAAAGCAGCAUAACUGUAGUGUCGUAUAAUAUGCUCUUCCAGUGACUCUUAGCAGUGGCAGACAGACACUAAAUUCCUUAGCAAUUCAGUUUCCUUUGCAGUUAAUUGUGGUGAUGUUAUAGACUAGGUUUUGCAGCGGUUAUAUGCACUUGACUCAGCACAAGAAAGCUUGAAACAAGCUACAUUUGCUUGCCUCUUGACAGGAUUGCUCUGACUGUUGAUAUAAAUCGGUUUUCCAUCUAGGGCAAGUACACACAAUCAAGUAUGGAGGAUGACGUCUUAAUGCACAUCUUGUUGCAAACAUAUGUACCCUUGGGUUGGUGUUACUUGAAAACGUUAACCAAACCUCACAAUUAAGACGGCGCACAAUUGAGAAGUCUGAUUGUUGAAUGCCAUGAAUGCUUCAAGUUGAAAAUGUGUUUCAUUUGUAUGUUACACGAACGUAUGAUGUUGGGACCAUGCCAGGGGAACAACACAGACCGUUUGUCCUAAUUUGGUCCUGAAAUUACUGAAGCAAAAUGCCUUAAUGAUAUGAUUAUGACCGAACUUAUUUUUCCGUUGCAAGGUGGAAGAUCUGAAUACUGCUGCUUGAUAUGUCUGUCUUUCCAACUGUCUGCUGUCCUUUGUUGUCAUAUGUAGAGUCUGUCUCAAUUGACCGUGUAUGCCUGACAGUUCACUGUUGAACACAGGAUUCACAUCUAAGUAGGACUGAUCUCACACGAAGGCGUAGACAACUGCUAAAAGUGUAUGUGUAGUUCAUCUGAAAGUACCAGACAAU